AUGGAAAAUUAUCUUAAACCUUACAAAUGGUCAUAUUUGAAUGAAGUAGUUGAAAGGUCAAAUGAUACGCAGCAACAGACAGGACAUUUUAGAAUUACAAAUGCUAUUUCAAAGCCAAGGCAUGUAUUUAUUUUUGGAAUUGAUACAGCAAGAAUUGAUGCACAAACAGAAAAUCCAUUUUUAUACGACACUUUUAAUCUGCCAAAUAAUGCUAAUAUAUCAAGAUGUUACCUGGAAGUUGCAAAUGGAAAUGAAUACCCAGAUAUUCACUUUAAACCUUCCACAGAUUUGUCAAGAGUUUUUAGAGAUGUAAUGUCAUAUGUUUAUGCAAAUAAUGAUUAUCAAGGUGGAACAUUACUUAAUAGAAGUAAUUUUAAAUCUUUAUUUCCUUUUGUUUAUUUUGACCUGACAAAGCAAAAAAUGGACAUCAAAGAUGGUGUUACAAAAUUAGCAUUUCAUUACGAAUUAUCUGCUAAUCCAGACGCUGAUUAUAAUAUUUACGCAUUAGUCUUACAUGAAAGAGUAGCAGAAAUAUCACAACAAGAUGGAAAACUAUUGCUUCGUGCAUAG